AUGUGUUUGAAGGAUGUCCGAAUAUUCCCGAGAUACGCAGAAAAACUCUUAACCGGCCAUCCCUUUCUCGCCACUGAGGCAGCGGCCGUUCGGAAAGAAUCUGCUGCCAAGGUCUUCUUGACAUGUUUGGUGAGUCUCUGGCGGAGAUUCUACGACACCCAUAAAUCCAUGAAAGGUUCCACUGUGGAAGUAGCUGCAGCCGAGGCCGAGGCCAUCGCAAACCUCGCCGACGCGGCCGCGCGGAAGCGGGAUGUACCCAGGCCGCCUGAGGCUCCCCCGCCUCGACCGCAACCGCCUGACGCUCCGCCGCCUUCCAAGCGGAAGGUGCAGGCCCCCGGUGCCUCCGGAACGGCAGACCAGCAGCGUGGCAAAGCCCAGCGGCGGUGA